AUGGCGGCGGUCUGGGAGGGGCGCGCGGGGGAGGGGGCCGAGGGGGCGGAGGGGGCGGAUGGGGAGGGGGCGGAGUUUCGGCAUGCGGCGGUCGAGCUGCCGGUGGCGUGCGCGUACUACCUGGGGAAGGUCCUGGCGCACGUCGGUGCGGGGUCGUGGCUGCAGCUGUCUGACACGUUCUUCGCCCUCGCCUCCCUGGAGGGCAGCGACGAGGCCCUGAACUGCCUGGUGAGCAGCUUCCCGGCAGUCGCCGCGGUGGCUGCGGAGGCUCUGGGGGAGGAGGUGGCGCAGGAGGAGCUCAGCCCUGCAAUAGUGAAGCUGCUGCGCACACAGCUGAACACCAUCGCCCCGGCCCUCAGCACGCACCUGUCCGAGGUUGCGCGCGCGCUGUCGCCGCAGGGCCGCCUGCAGCUGCUGUCAGCCCUGCCAGUCCUCGCGCUGCAGCCGGACCCUGAGCGCGCCGGCGACUGGCGGCACCGCCAGCGCGUCGUGCGGCAGCUGCCCGCGCUGUCCGAGGCGCUGACUCAGCAGCAGGUCGCCCACUGCCUGUGGCCGGUGGUUGUGACGCUGCUGCACGAUCCCGUGGCGGCGGUCAGGUAUGAGGCGGCGAGGCAGGUGGGGCCGUUGAUAGCACGGCUGUCUAAGGAGGCCCCGCCGCCAGAUCCGCCGCUGGAAGCCAAGGGGGAAGCUGAAGGGGCGGCGGGAGAUCUCACAGCCGCGGCUGGAAGCGCGGAUGUAGAGGCAGCAGCGGCGGCAGCGGCAGCGGAGCCAGCCGGCAACGGGCACACCGGCGACGGCGCGGCGGCAGUUGCAGCGGCGGCGGACGGAGAGACGGACACGGCGCUCCGCGGCGCAGCGGCGGCGCUGACCCUGCAGGAUGGCGGCGGCGGCGACGGCGGCCACGGCGGGGCGGCGGCCGAGCACCCUGCGGCGCCCGCGGGCGCGCACGAGGCGGCGGCGGGGCCGGGCGCGGAGGGGGCGCACGUCGCAACGGGCGGGCGGUUUGGCUUCAGAGAGGGCCUGAGACUCGGGCUGCAGCACAUGGUGGACAAUGCACGCGCCAUCCCCCACGUGGGCCCUUUGGUGGAUGCGGGCACAAAGGUGGCCGGCCUCAUGUUUGAACAGCUUGAAGGCCUCACCCCCGCGGCCGCCCACAACGGCGGCAGCCCGCCGCCGCACGGCGACCCCCGCCUCGCCGCCGCCUCCGCCGCCGCGCACGCUGCAGCACGCCGGCGCACGCAGGGCGAGCAGCCGGCGCCGCUGGUGACGGAAGACGCGUACGCUCGCCUGCCGGUGCCGGCGGCCGGAGAUCUGCUGUCUGCUCUGACGAGAUCCCUCGGCCGCGCCCCCGUCGCGCAGCGCCGCGCGCUCGCUGCGGCCGCGUGCGGCGCGCUGCGCGCGGUCGCGCCGCCGGCGCCCGCGGUGGGGCGCGGGGCGAGAGGCGUGGGGGCGGGGCCGGAGGUCGGGGCGGGGUCGGGCGGCGGGAGCAGCGAAGGGGACUUGAGGGAUGGCCGGGACCAGCCUGGCGAGCCCGCGGGCGGAGGGGAAGACGAGGGGUUGGGCGAGGGCGCGGCGGCGGACGGCAAGGGGUCGGCGCCGCGGAAGCAGCUCAGGCAAAAGCUGAAGUCGCUCCGCUGCCGCCUGCAUCGCGGCGCCGCCGCCGUCGUCCGAGCGGCGGGGCCUGGGGCCGGCGAGGGUGCAGCAGCCUCCGCCCCUUCACCAGCUGGCUCGGCCGCGCCUGGGGAGCAGAUGCAGGAGCAGCAGCAGGAGCCGGAGGAGGAGCAGGCACAAGAGCAGCGGCAGGGGUCGUCUGCGCCAUCUGAGGCGAGCUCAGAAGAAGAUGCCGACCCUGAGGGCGUGUCCGAGGUUGCGGCCGCGCUGCGCCCCGCGCUGCUGCGCGCCCUCCUCGACCUGUCCGAGGAUAAGGACCCGGGGGUGCGCUGCUGGAUCGCGCGGGAGCUGGAGGAAGCUGCCGCGGGGCUGCCGGAAGCCGAGAAGGCGCAGCUGUCCGCCUGCCUCGCGGCGCUGCGCGCGGAUGCGUGCGGCAGCGUCGCGUCGCUGGCGGCGGCGGCGGCGGCGAGGGUGGGAGCGGCGGGCGAGGGCGUCACCGCGGGCGGCGGCAGGGGCUGUUGA